UCGGCAGUCGGGAGAGUCGAUUGAACGGUCGAAGGGUGCGGAGCGGUCGGAGGCGGGAGCAGCCAAUUCAGUAGCUGCCUGUGCUCAUUUCGCAUUUGAAUUCAUUCGUGAAAUGUGCGUUGCUCGGAACGCACAGCAACUAAAUAUAGCUAAACAGCAGCAACAACAAACUGGCAUCAAAAAGGCUAUGAGCAAAUUGUACAAAAACUGUCGCCAACUGCACGCAACAUUUACCGCGUAGCAGCGACAGCCAAAAGUAAAAAUAUAAACAAAAAAUAGAAAGCAACAAAAAAAAAUAAAAUAAAGUCGAAAAAAGUAGAAAAUGUCGUACAUCAAUGGCAAAGGAAAAUAUAUCAAAAUAAAUAUGAAUACGAGAAAUAAUACAAUUAUGAAUAACAUGAGUGUCGAGCGAAUGGCUAACUAAACUACAAACAGUUCCUAUGCAUUUGGCCUUGUGUUUAAAUGAAAUUGAACAAGAGCAACGCAAAUUGUCGCGUUCGGCGAUAUUUGCUCAUCUUUACGGCCUUAUCGCUCCUACUGCUGCCCCUAUCGCUCAUCUAUUUGGUAUGGAAUGAGCAGCUGCAAAAGAUUAAGGGAUACGAGGCUUUUAAUGCGCAACAGCCACAGCCACAGCUACAGCAACAGCAGCAGCAACAGCAGCAGCAGCGGAAACAGCGGCAACAGCGGCAGCAGCCGGCGGCGGCGGGUCAAACAUUUCGUUAUCCUGUGCUGCUGCUGAACAAAAACAAAAACAAGGAACUAACCGUGGUCGCAACGGGCAAGACUAAGAAUAAGUGGCGCUAUGUUGAUAAAAUCAACAAUGAAACGGGACUCUCGCUCAUACCCGACUAUGCUGUGCAGUCGCUCUCAGAGGAGGAAAUGCAGGAAAUGUCCGUGCGUAUGGAGGCGCGGCUCAAUAGACUGAAGGACAAGUGCUCCGAGUUCGGACUGGAUGUGCUGGGACAGGAUUCCUGGCAUACGCCCAAUACUUGGGAGUUUUUGGUUAAUAAAAAAUAUCAUAUAAUAUGGUGCAAUGUCUUCAAGGCGGCCUCCUCAUCCUGGAUGUUCAAUUUCAAUGUGCUGGCCGGCUACACGCCGAGUUAUUUGCUUAAGACCAAAAAGAUUCUGCUCAAUCUGGCCAGAGAGCGUUAUCCGCGCGUAACGCUGCAAGAGCUGCACGAGGCGCAAAACGAUUCAAUUACAUUUAUCAUAGCUAGAAACCCCUUCGAAAGACUGCUGAGCGCCUAUCGAGACAAGAUCGUGUUCGCGCUGCCCUAUUCCUUUCACGACAAACUUGGCCGCAGCAUUGUGCGGACCUAUCGAAAGAAGCCCAAGUUGAUCUCACGUGCCGGCACCACAAAGUAUCCGUCGUUUCCCGAGUUCGUGCACUGGCUGCUGGAUCAGGUGAAGCGGGGCAACUACAUAGACAUGCACUUUGUGUCGGCCACAUCGUUCUGCACGCCCUGCCUGAUUCGAUUCGAUAUGAUAUUGAAGUUCGAAUCGCUGGCCGAGGAUCAACUAUAUCUAAUUGAAAAGACUGGCCUCCAGCGCGUCAUAGCGCCCGUCUGGCGCAACAUGGGCAAAGGAGACAGAAAGACACAGGAGCUGCAACAGCAGUUCUAUUCCCAGCUCACCAAGCAGGAGAUGAUGGAGCUAUACGAAUAUUACCGAUUCGACUUUGAUCUGUUCGACUACGAUAUAAAGGAAUAUCUGCAAUUCGCCAGAUCAGAUGAAUUAGCUGGCGCCGUCGCAUCGGGGGUGUAGUUAAUUAAGCGAAACUUAAAAUGCAUAGAGUUUAGCAAAAGAUAUAAAAUAAAAACAAAAAACACUUAGACACAUACGAAAUAA